GUAAGCCCAUGGUGGCCACGAUGAGGUGGAGUUCUGUGUGGCUGUGUUUCCUUGCUUUGUCUGUUGGCAGUGUUACUGAUGUCCAGGGCAGACUGGUUCGCAACCAUGUCAGCAGCAUCUGCAGCACGUGGGGCAGAGAGCACUUCAAGACAUUUGAUGGAGAUGUGUAUCAGUUCCCUGGUACAUGUGAAUACAACCUGGCCUCAGACUGCCACGAGACCUUCCAGGAGUUCUCAGUGCACAUGAAAAGGAAAGAGCAUGAUGGAAACCCCACAGUCAGUUAUGUGCUGGUCACCAUCAACGACCUUUCAUUCCACCUCGGCAAGAACCUGGUCACUGUGAACGGCGUCCCUGUCAAAUUGCCAUACUACAAUGCAGGAGUACAAGUGGAAAGAAAUGUGAUUUACUUGAAACUCCAAUCUAAAGUCGGUCUUGUCGUUAUGUGGAAUGGUGAUGACGCAGUCAUGGUGGAAGUAGAUCGUGACUAUGCCAAUCGUACUUGUGGACUUUGUGGAGAUUUCAAUGGUGUUUCUGUCUACGAUGAGUUCAUCCAUAAUGAUCGCAAAAUCAGCUCCAUUGAGUUUGGCAACAAACAUAAAGUCCAUCGUCCAAAUGAUGAAUGUGAGGACCCCUAUGAAGAGGAAGAGGAAUCAGCUGAGGCUUUGCUGGAGUCAUGCAAGGAGUUUCAAACCACCUGCGACCAGAUCUUGCGUUCAGAGCCCUGGAGCUCCUGCACCAAUCAGAUAAACCCCAAACCUUACAUCCAGGCCUGCGUCCAGGACAUGUGUGGCUGCACCAACAGUACAAGUGACUUCUGUCUUUGUAGCACGCUGUCUGAGUUCUCUCGACAGUGUUCCCAUGCAGGAGGGCAACCUCCCAACUGGAGGACACCUCAGUUCUGUGCUAUACAGUGCCCAUUCAACAUGGUUUAUGAAGAAAGUGGUUCCCCUUGCAUGGAUACAUGCACACAUCAAGAUACAAGUUCCCUGUGUGAGGACCACAAAAUGGACGGCUGCUUUUGUCCACCAGGAACUGUCUUUGAUGAUAUUUCCAUGAGAGGGUGUAUCGCUCGAUCUGAGUGUCAGUGCAAACACAGCAAAAUCUAUAACUCCGGCGAGGUUUAUCGGCAGGACAGUGAGGAAUGUACAUGUUUUGAGGGUCAGUGGGCUUGUAAGAGCCUCCAAACACCUGCUACAUGUGCAGUUGAAGAGGGUUCACAUGUAACUACCUUUGAUGGCAAAACCUACACCUUCCAUGGAGAGUGUUACUACACCCUAGCUAAAGUGGAGAGCAAGGAUCAUGCAAGUCCAAAGUUUACCCUCCUGGCUCAGCUGGCACCAUGUGCAAAUCAGAAGUUUGACACUUGCCUUAAGGCUCUUAAAGUCGUGCUGAACAAUGACAGAAAUAAUGUAUUAAUGUUCACUUCUGAUGGCACAGUGAAGCAAAAUAUGCAGACCAUCACUUUGCCAUACCAGUCAGUGGACAUCAACAUAUUCCACGCUUCAUCCUUUCACAUCUUGCUCCAGACCAGUUUUGGGUUACAGAUUCAGAUCCAGCAUGUACCUAUAAUGCAAGUCUAUGUCAGUCUGGAACAAAGCUACAGAGCAAAGACGCGUGGUUUAUGUGGAAACUACAACAUGGUCCUGUCUGAUGACAUGAAGACUCCCCAGGGGAUUGUGGAGGGAACAGCAGCAACUUUCUGUAACUCCUGGAAAGCUAACCUCAUGUGUGGAGACAGACAGGAAAGACUUGAUGACCCCUGUUCCCUCAGUGUGGAAAAUGAGAAUUACGCCAAACACUGGUGUGCCUUGCUGCUAAGUCCAGACAGCUCCUUUGCACAGUGCCGUUCAGUGGUGGAUCCUGAGAUGUACUACAAGCGAUGCAUUUAUGCUAGCUGUAACUGUGAGAAGAGUGAGGCCUGUCUGUGUGCCGUCUUCUCUUCCUACGCACGAGCUUGUGCAUCAAAGGGAGUUUUCUUGACAGACUGGAGAGAGAAUGUGUGCGAUAAAUACACAAAGAGCUGCCCAGCAUCUCAGACCUUCUCAUACAAGCAUCAGAGAUGCCAGUUGACUUGCAGAUCACUGGGUUCACAGCAGCAGAGCUGCACCUCUGACUUUUUGCCUGUGGAUGGCUGCUCCUGCUCAGAGGGUCUCUACCUAAAUGAAAAUGGAAUCUGCGUUCCCAUGGCAAAAUGUUCCUGCUACCAUAAUGAAAUCUAUGUUAAGCCAGGAAAGUCUAUCAAUAUCAAAGACGAACACUGUGUAUGCACCAAUGGAAUGCUUCAUUGCCGUUCUUGGAGAACCCGCUCAUCAACAUGCCGUUCUCCAAAGGUAUUCUUCAACUGCUCCACCGCGGGAACAGGAGAAGUUGGACUGCAGUGUGCUCGAACUUGUUCAAACCUGGACAGUGAUGAUUGUGAAUCCACAGAGUGUGAAUCCGGCUGUCAGUGUCCAGCUGGGCUUCUUGAUGAUGGCAAAGGUUCCUGUGUUAAAGAAAGUGAUUGUCCAUGUCAACAUGAUGGGCAUAUUUAUGCUGUUGGAAGAAAGAUCCCAAACCAGUGCAACACCUGUACCUGCAAAAGUGGAAAGUGGGAGUGCACAGAGAAAAAAUGUCCAGGAACUUGCGUUAUUUAUGGGAGCGGUCACUACAGUACAUUUGACAAGAAAACAUAUGGGUUUCAAGGACAUUGUGCCUAUGUUGCUCUUAAGAACAAGUGCGGGAAUAAAACAGUACAUGACAACUUUGGAGUUAUCACAGAAAAUGUACCAUGUGGCUCUACAGGCACAACAUGCUCCAAAACUGUCAGAGUCCAACUAGGGCGAAAGGAAGUCAAACUAUCAAAGGGUACCUUUGAAGAGGUAGACCUGGAAGAAGGCUCUGUGAUUGCGUACAAAGUAAGGAGGGUUGGAUUGUAUCUGGUGGUAGAAUCAGACAUCGGUCUGGCAGUGAUGUGGGAUCGCAAAACAACAAUUCGCAUCCUCCUGGAACCACAGCACAGUGGAGAGGUGUGUGGCCUGUGUGGAAAUUUUGAUGGUGAUGGACAGAAUGACUUCACCACCAACGGUCAGAUGGUAGUGAGCAGUCUGUUAGAGUUUGCAAACAGCUGGAAAGUGUCAAGCAACUGUCCAGAUGUGGAAACAAUUCCUGAUUCCUGUGAAGCAAGACCAGAACGACACUACUGGGCAAAAAUGAUGUGCGGCAUUAUCACUGGAGAGACUUUCAGAGACUGUCACAAAAAGGUUGAUCCCCAUCCAUUUUAUGAAAACUGUGUGAAAGACUCUUGUGCCUGCGACACCGGGGGAGAUUGUGAGUGUUUCUGCUCAGCAGUAGCAGCUUACGCUCAGGCUUGUAAUGAGGCCAGUGUCUGCGUUGCCUGGAGAACUCCAGAAAUCUGUCCCGUCUUUUGUGAUUACUACAACGGCCCAGAAGAAUGCAAGUGGCACUACAGCCCCUGUCACACACCUUGCUACAAGACCUGCUUAAAUCCACAAGGAAUUUGCAGCAACCCUAUACCCAACCUGGAAGGCUGUUACCCUGUAUGCCCUGAAGACAAACCCAUAUUUGAUGAGGAGACUCAAAUGUGUGUAGAGGCAUGUCCUAUUACAACUGUUGCUCCACCGACAUCACCAACAACUAUGGCCACCACACCUGUAACCACACCAACUGUACCUACUACUCCAACUACAGAAUAUACAACACCACCACCAACUGUGCGUACUUCUCCAAUUACAACGCCAACCACAACCACAACGUCUACGCCACCAACAACUGUACCUACUACGCCAACUACAGAAUAUACGACACCACCAACAACUGUACCUACUACGCCAACUACAGAAUAUACGACACCAUCAACAACUGAACCUACUUCUCCAACUACAGUCGGAACCACACCUACAACACCAACCAUAACCACAAGGUCUACACCACCAACAACUGUACCUACUACUCCAACUACAGAAUAUACAACACCGCCACCAACUGUGCAUACUUCUCCAAUUACAACACCAACCACAACCACGGUUUCUACGCCACCAACAACUGUACCCACUACACCAACCACAGAAUAUACAACACCACCACCAACAACUGGACCUACUUCUCCAACUAUAGCCCAAACCACACCUACACCAACCACAACCACAGCGUCUACGCCAUCAACAACUGUACCUAUUACGCCAACCACAGAAUAUACAACACCACCAACAACAACUGGACCUACUUCUCCAACUAUAGCCCAAACCACACCUACAACACCAACCACAACCACAGCGUCUACGUCACCAACAACUGUACCUACUACGCCAACCACAGAAUAUACAACACCACCAACAACAACUGGACCUACUUCUCCAACUACAGCCCAAACCACACCUACAACACCAACCACAACCACAAGGUCUACACCACCAACAGCUGUAAGUCCCACCACAAUUCCUGUAACUUCUGCCACUACACCGUGUUCGACACCAUGUGAGUGGUCAGAGUGGUAUGAUGAACAUGACCCAGCUACAGACAAAAAUGACUGGGAAACAUAUGAGAACAUCACAAAUAGUGGUAAACACAUAUGUGCAAAUCCUAUCCUAAUUGAAUGUAGAUCCACACUUUAUCCUCACUUGUCCUUCGAUGAAUAUCGCGAUCAAACUGGCCAAGUUGUUUCUUGUAAUGUGAGUUAUGGUUUAAUAUGUCGAAAAGAAGACCAACCCAUACGUCCAGGAAAGUGCUUUGACUGUGAAAUCAGAGUAUGUUGUGAUCAAUGCAUAAACCCAACUACUACACCUAGUGUGUCAACUGAACCACCGACUACAACCACAAGGUCUACACCACCACCAAUUGAACCUACUUCUCCAACUACAGCCGGAACCACACCUACAACACCAACCAUAACCACAAGGUCUACACCACCAACUGUACCCACUACUCCAACUACACAACCAACCACCAAAUAUACAACACCAUCAACUGUACCUACUUCUACAACUACUGCUGAAACCACACCUACAACACCAACCAUAACCACAAGGUCUACACUACCAACAACUGUACCCUCUACUCCAACUACACAACCAACCACCAAAUAUACAACAUCACCAACUGUACCUACUUCUCCAACUACAGCCCAAACCACACCUACCACACCAACCACAACCACAAGGUCUACACCACCAACAGCUGUACCUACUACUCCAACUACACAACCAACCACCGAAUAUACAACACCAUCAACUGCACCUACUUCUACAACUACAGCAGAAACCACACCUACAACACCAACCACAACCACAAGGUCUACACCACCAACAACUGUACCUACUACUCCAACUACACAACCAACCACCAAAUAUACAACACCAUCAACUGCACCUACUUCUACAACUACAGCAGAAACCACACCUACAACACCAACCACAACCACAAGGUCUACACAACCAACAACUGUACCUUCUACUCCAACUACACAACCAACCACCAAAUAUACAACAUCACCAACUGUACCUACUUCUCCAACUACAGCUCAAACCACACCUACCACACCAACCACAACCACAAGGUCUACACCACCAACAACUGUACCUACUACUCCAACUACACAACCAACCACCGAAUAUACAACACCAUCAACUGCACCUACUUCUACAACUACAGCAGAAAUCACACCUACAACAUCAACCAUAACCACAAGGACUACACUACCAACAACUGUGCCUACUACUCUAACUACGCAACCAACCACUGAAUAUACAACACCACCAACUGAACCUACUUCUCCAACUACAGCCCAAACCACACCUACACCAACCACAACCACAGCGUCUACGCCAUCAACAACUGUACCUAUUACGCCAACCACAGAAUAUACAACACCACCAACAACAACUGGACCUACUUCUCCAACUAUAGCCCAAACCACACCUACAACACCAACCACAACCACAGCGUCUACGUCACCAACAACUGUACCUACUACGCCAACCACAGAAUAUACAACACCACCAACAACAACUGGACCUACUUCUCCAACUACAGCCCAAACCACACCUACAACACCAACCACAACCACAAGGUCUACACCACCAACAGCUGUAAGUCCCACCACAAUUCCUGUAACUUCUGCCACUACACCGUGUUCGACACCAUGUGAGUGGUCAGAGUGGUAUGAUGAACAUGACCCAGCUACAGACAAAAAUGACUGGGAAACAUAUGAGAACAUCACAAAUAGUGGUAAACACAUAUGUGCAAAUCCUAUCCUAAUUGAAUGUAGAUCCACACUUUAUCCUCACUUGUCCUUCGAUGAAUAUCGCGAUCAAACUGGCCAAGUUGUUUCUUGUAAUGUGAGUUAUGGUUUAAUAUGUCGAAAAGAAGACCAACCCAUACGUCCAGGAAAGUGCUUUGACUGUGAAAUCAGAGUAUGUUGUGAUCAAUGCAUAAACCCAACUACUACACCUAGUGUGUCAACUGAACCACCGACUACAACCACAAGGUCUACACCACCACCAAUUGAACCUACUUCUCCAACUACAGCCGGAACCACACCUACAACACCAACCAUAACCACAAGGUCUACACCACCAACUGUACCCACUACUCCAACUACACAACCAACCACCAAAUAUACAACACCAUCAACUGUACCUACUUCUACAACUACUGCUGAAACCACACCUACAACACCAACCAUAACCACAAGGUCUACACCACCAACAACUGUACCCUCUACUCCAACUACACAACCAACCACCAAAUAUACAACAUCACCAACUGUACCUACUUCUCCAACUACAGCCCAAACCACACCUACCACACCAACCACAACCACAAGGUCUACACCACCAACAGCUGUACCUACUACUCCAACUACACAACCAACCACCGAAUAUACAACACCAUCAACUGCACCUACUUCUACAACUACAGCAGAAACCACACCUACAACACCAACCACAACCACAAGGUCUACACCACCAACAACUGUACCUACUACUCCAACUACACAACCAACCACCAAAUAUACAACACCAUCAACUGCACCUACUUCUACAACUACAGCAGAAACCACACCUACAACACCAACCACAACCACAAGGUCUACACAACCAACAACUGUACCUUCUACUCCAACUACACAACCAACCACCAAAUAUACAACAUCACCAACUGUACCUACUUCUCCAACUACAGCCCAAACCACACCUACCACACCAACCACAACCACAAGGUCUACACCACCAACAACUGUACCUACUACUCCAACUACACAACCAACCACCGAAUAUACAACACCAUCAACUGCACCUACUUCUACAACUACAGCAGAAAUCACACCUACAACAUCAACCAUAACCACAAGGACUACACUACCAACAACUGUGCCUACUACUCUAACUACGCAACCAACCACUGAAUAUACAACACCACCAACUGAACCUACUUCUCCAACUACAGCCCAAACCACACCUACCACACCAACCACAACCACAAGGUCUACACCACCAACAACUGUACCUACUACUCCAACUACACAACCAACCACCGAAUAUACAACAUCAUCAACUGUACCUACUUCUACAACUACAGCAGAAACCACACCUACAACACCAACCAUAACCACAAGGUCUACACUACCAACAACUGUGCCUACUACUCUAACUACGCAACCAACCACUGAAUAUACAACACCACCACCAACUGAACCUACUUCUCCAACUACAGCCCAAACCACACCUACCACACCAACCACAACCACAAGGUCUACACCACCAACAACUGUACCUACUACUCCAACUACACAACCAACCACCGAAUAUACAACACCAUCAACUGUACCUACUUCUACAACUACAGCCCAAACCACACCUACCACACCAACCACAACCACAAGAUCUACACCACCAACAACUGUGCCUACUACUCUAACUACGCAACCAACCACUGAAUAUACUACACCCCCACCAACUGAACCUACUUCCGCAACUACAGCCCAAACCACACCAACCACAACCACAAGGUCUACACCACCAACAACUGUACCUACUACUCCAACUACACAACCAACCACCGAAUAUACAACAUCAUCAACUGUACCUACUUCUACAACUACAGCAGAAACCACACCUACAACACCAACCAUAACCACAAGGUCUACACAACCAACAACUGUACCUUCUACUCCAACUACGCAAUCAACCACUGAAUAUACAACACCACCACCAACUGAACCUACUUCUCCAACUACAGCCCAAACCACACCUACCACACCAACCACAACCACAAGGUCUACACCACCAACAACUGUACCUACUACUCCAACUACACAACCAACCACCGAAUAUACAACAUCAUCAACUGUACCUACUUCUACAACUACAGCAGAAACCACACCUACAACACCAACCAUAACCACAAGGUCUACGACACCACCAACUGCACCUACUACUCCAACUACACAACCAAUCACCGAAUAUACAACACAACCACCAACUGAACCUACUUCUCCAACAACAGCCGGAACCACACCUACAACACCAACCACAACCACAAUGUCUACACCACCGACAACUGCACCUACUACCCCAACUACACAACUGACCACUGAAUAUACAACACCACCACCAACUGAACCUACUUCUCCAACUACCGCCCAAACCACACCUAUCACACCAACUACAACCACAAGGACUACACCACCCCCAACUGCACCUACUACUCCAACUACGCAACCAACCACUGAAUAUACAACACCACCACCAACUGAACCUACUUCUCAAACUUCAGCUGGAGCCACACCUACAACACCAACCACAACCACAAUGUCUACACCACCAACAACUGCACCUACUACUCCAACUACACAACCGACCACUGAAUAUACAACACCAACAACAACUGUGCCUACUACUCCAACUACGCAACCAACCACUGAAUAUACAACACCACCAACAACUGCACCUACUACUCCAACUAUACCACCAACCACAAGACCAUCAACGGAACCCACUACCGCUACUACUACUACUCUACCACCUCUUGUUACUGGUUCCAAUCCACCAACUGCCCCUGUUAUACCUGAAUCUACGACCAUAACAUCUGAAGCUCCACCAUCAACCGUGCCUCCAACCACCCCUCCUAAACCUGACUGCCCUGAAUGGAACGUCGGAACAAAUGAGACCUUCCUAUUGUGCAACUGCACCAUGGCCAGAUGCAUUGAGAACAAUACAGUUGAAAUAAUUCCAUAUGAAUGUCCACCGAUUCAGAACAUUACUUGUGCCAAUGGAAAGAAACCAGUUAUUUUGUAUGAUGAGCACUUCUGCUGCAACUAUUCUGCUUGUGACUGUGAAUGUGAAGGCUGGGGAGAUCCUCAUUACAUCACUUUUGAUGGCUUAUACUACAGUUAUCAAGGGAACUGUACUUAUAUUUUAAUGGAAGAGAUUUUACCAAAACAUCACUUAACGAUUUAUAUUGACAAUGUCUUCUGUGAUCCCACUGAAGAUGUUUCUUGUCCACGAUCGAUAAUUAUAUCAUACAAUUCACAAGUUAUCACACUCAUGAAUCAUAACCUAAUUGGAGCUGCACAAUUAGAGGCACUCAAAGAUGGAGUCCGUUUGAAACUACCUUAUUCACAACGAGAUGUUAAAGUCUUGAGCUCUGGCCUUAACUUGAUUUUUGAGAUCCCUCGUCUUAAUGUGGUCAUUACUUUCGGAUUAACUGGCUUUAGUGUCAGCCUUCCAUUUAAAAACUUUGGCAAUAACACACAGGGCCAUUGUGGAACAUGCAAUAACAAUCAGGCUGAUGACUGCAUGUUGCCUGGAGGCCAGCUGGUGGAAAGUUGUGCUGUGAUGGCUGACUAUUGGCCUGCAAAACAUAUUUACCAACCCGACUGUCAGAUACCAACUCUACUGCCCACUAGUGCUCCCGAACCUCCACCAACCUUAACACCAUGUAGGCCAGAUUCCAUAUGUGAUAUGCUUAAGGGCAGUGUAUUUGAAGAGUGCCACCCCUUCGUCUCUCCAGACAGAUUCUUUCAAGGUUGUGUUUUUGAUAGCUGCCAUGUUUCUAAUGCACAAGUGGAGUGCACAAGCUUGCAGACUUAUGCUGCUGCCUGUGCUCAGGAGGGAAUUUGCCUUCACUGGAGAAACCACACCAAACUGUGUGCAAGCGACUGCCCAUCUGACAAAGUAUAUAAGCCAUGUGGUCCUGCAGAACAACCAACAUGUGAUGACAAUCUUGAUGAACCACCUUCAAAAUUCACCACUGAGGGCUGCUUUUGUCCCGAUGGAAUGAAACUCUUCAACAAAGAGUCUGGCAUAUGUGUUGACAAGUGUGGAUGUAUUGAUCCCGAGGGCAUUCCUCGUGAGUUUAAUGAGAGGUUUGAGUAUAACUGCCAAGACUGCAUCUGUGAGGAGUCAACCAAGACUGUGACAUGCAAGCCUAAGGUGUGCCCAGCACCACCUCAGACAAACUGCACUGGCCCAGGAUUUGUUCUUGUCAGCCAGACUAAUCCAUCAGACCCCUGCUGUUCUGUCUUUGUUUGCCAAUGUCACAGCAACACUUGCCCAGACACCAACAUGAACUGUCCUGUUGGAUAUAAACCAGUUUUCAGUGUUCCUGAGGGAGGAUGCUGUCCGGAGCAUAGAUGUGAUCCUAAGAGAGUUUGUGUGCACAAAGACAUUGAAUACCAGCCUGGUAUGUCAGUUCCUGCAGCUGUUUGUCAAGACUGUACCUGUUCAUUUGAGGUUGAUCCCAACUCCGGUCUAUUCAAGAUUACUUGUAGACCACGGCAAUGUCAAAGCUGUGACUUGGGGUACGAGUAUGUGCAAACACAUUCAGAUGAAUGCUGCGGAAAUUGUGUACAGACGCACUGUGUGGUCAAUGUUAAUGGUACCAAGCAGCUUGUGGCGCUUGGGCAAACCUGGUCACCACUUGGGAAUAAGUGUGAGCUCUACAGCUGUGUUCGGAGUGGUGAGACUUUAACAACAAUCAGUUCACACAUUGUGUGUCCGCCAUUCCAGGAGAGCAACUGUAAAACUGAAACAAUCCAGACUGCAGCAAAUGGCUGUUGUAAGACAUGUGUAGAGAAGGAGAAGGCCUGUAAGAUAGUAACAAUGAAAACUCACAUUACACACAAGAGCUGUCGAUCUAACCAGGAGGUCCAAAUGCCAUACUGUGAAGGAUCCUGCAACACUUUCACCAAGUACUCUGAAGCAGCAGCUUCUAUGCAGCAUUCUUGCUCCUGCUGUAAGGAGACACGCUCCAGCAAUCGCACUAUUGACUUGCAGUGCUUGAAUGGAGAGGUGGUACCCUACACCUACAUCCAUGUGGAGGAGUGUGGCUGUGGCCACACAGACUGCACCAGAGCUGUUGGACAGUCAGCUCGCAGGAGGCGGAGCUUCACUCUGGCGUAAUACACAAUAUGUCAUUACAUUGAUGGAUGUGGGAUGUGAAAGUUUCUUCUCAUGUCAUCUUAAUCAUUACAUCUCUUACAAAUUAUUACGAUUGUAGAGAGUAUUCAUCAAUUCAAAUUAAAAAAAUGCAACUUGAA